AUGAAGUCCUUCAGCAUGGAAGAUUCAGAUCCAACGCUUUUACCUAAACGACCGAUCGUUAAUAGGGGUCUCAAACCCGGGCCUCUGACUAUUCCGAAGGAUCUAGGAGCACCGGUGAAAUCGCCAGUCCGGAUGAUAGCAGACGACGAACGAUCCGAGAUACAAUCAUCCGUGUCGCCCAUGAGUCGAAGGAACCCGGGAUCGCUAGCGAGUAUCGCUCACUCGCGCAAUACAAGCGUAAUCUCUCCGCUUAGCGUGCAACAGCAGAGUCAACAAUUCCAGCAUCUGUUCGCGGCUCAUCUGCAGAACAGACAGAGCGCGCAGAGCACGCAGAGUGGAAAAGAGAAAGGCCACUCGCGACAUGAGUCCUGGGAAAGCGACCUGCUAGACGCAUAUUCGUCCUCCGACGACGACAGCGUCGACCGUGCUUCAUCGUGCUAUUCCCGACGGUCGUCGCUCACGAGUAUGGGAUCAGAAUAUCCGGGGUUCGGAUACAAAUCGGCAGACGCAUUCUCAAUCGGGUCACCAGUGGCACUCGGAGUUUUCGACGAUACAGCGUCUGUGCUGGGAGAACCAGUGAAGCCUAAUGAAGACAAGACGAUCGCGGUGGAACAUGGUGAAGAUCAGAAGAGAGCGAAGAAAACGAAGACGGCGAAGAAACCAUCAAUGGUGGAGAUGAAUAAACCACUGCCCCGGGAACCACCUAUUCAAAUGGCUCCGUUGACAGUGCUCAAAAACCCGAAACCACUCAUAACACCCAAAACAACCAAAACACCCACAACACCCAUGAGUCGUGCAGAAGGCGAAGUACAGAAACAAUGUGACAGAAAAUGUGAUGAGCAACGCUACGCCACAUUGCGCGCAGGGAAGUCUCCCCGAGGGCCCACCUUAUCACAGGCGGAGGAAGAGUUGGAAAACGCCUUAUUGCAGUACUGCACUAAGCCUGAGAAUGCACCUAAAAAUGCCGCUAAUGCACCUAAUACUAGCACCACCACUAAGCAGGCUAAAAAAGCCUGCAGUACUAGCAAUCUGACAGCCUCGCGCGGGUCACUGGCUGGUCCGCUGCAGAUAAGUAGAGGCGACAUGCAGAUGAUUGCGACUCGUCCUGCUCCUCGUCCUCCCUCCAACAUUCUGCCUCACACUAUCCUACAACAACUGGAGGAAGAGAAGAAAAAACAUCAACACGCCAAAAUGCCUUUUCAUUUGGCCGUGCCUGGCUUUGGGCGCAAGUUGCAUCUUCGUUCCUUUAGCAGUUCCAAUAUGCGAUCGGAGAUGGAGUCCGCUGCUCGCAACCGUGGAACGUCUGACGAGACCCAGAAUACCGACGACGACAACAGCAACGACAACGACAAAGAAUAUAUCGAGCCCGUUCCAGAACCGCAGAGACCGACUUCUAUUUGCAGUGAAAGAGAAUUGCGGCUUCAACUGCCUCGCCUGCAGACAAAGAAGAUGGAGCCGGUCGGACAAUGGGCGGCCUCUGCGACGGCUGCACUAGCAGCAACGAGAACACCACCAACAACGACAUCCACAACACCUUCGACUGUCUCUGAACGUACUCCAGAUAGUGAGUCGAGUGUCGCCGGAGGUCCCGUCAAGCCCAUCGACCACGAAUACACCGAAGAGAAGGUGUUUGUCUCGUCUAGUAAGAUGCGAUGCAGCAACACCUACGCCCCCCCCUACCAACUGGGCAGUCUCCAGGCCCCCGAGUUCAUCUAUGAACUCGACGGUGGCAUGCCAUCACCUGUCAGAGUGGGCACCACCAACGUUUCUUACCCGUCAUCGCCUCCCUCGAUCACAAUGCCGAGCUUCAUGCCCGACCGGGCCGUGCGGCUGAUUAUUGAACAGGCGUCGUCGCUGGACGACCUGUUCAGUCUUGCAAUGCUAAACCGUCAGUUCUAUCGCAUCUUUAAACAACACGAGCUCGACAUGAUCAAAGGCGCCGUCUUCAAGAUGUCUGCUCCCGCCUGGGAGCUGCGCGAGAUGAGUCCGCCCUGGGCAAGCGAAUGGCAGGUCUUCCUAGACCCAGACGCGCAAGUGCCCGACUAUACUCCUACCCUCUACCUCCAACGCUAUGCGCACGACAUCUUCACCCUUGCUCAGCUCAAAUCCCUCAUCUUGACCCGGUGCAGCAGCUUCCUCCGCCCCGACACCAUCCGCGGCCUGGCUGGUGUCGACUCCGAACGGGCCACAGAGAUUGAUGACGCACUGUGGCGAAUUUGGACGUUCUGUCGGAUUUUCGGAUGCGGAAAGGGUAGAGAGAACGAUAUCACGGGACAAAUGGACUGGUUGAAUGGCGGCUCUCAGGCCCGCAAUCAGCACACCUCGAUAACCUUCUCCAUCACUGAGCCGUUUGGAAUGAACAAUGUCCUGUUCGAACCGCCCGCUGGUUUCGGACAGGGAAACCUUGGUGGUCUAUCGAAGGGUCAGAUGUAUGACAUGACAGAGCUCUUCACCUGCUUGAACGUAUUGCUUCAGCCAAUCCAUGGUAAAUGUACCGAGGCGCGCAGGGCUGGAGUAUACAACGGGUUAGAUGUCAAGGUCGGUGAUGACAGCAAGGAAGAAAGAUACCUAGAGGAAUGGACAUGUUACGUCCUCACAUUAGGCCUCUCGGCUGUUUUAAGCCUCGGAUCCAUCUGUCCUAUUAAAAACCCCACCGCAACGUUCGAGAAAGCCAAAUCCAUGGGCCUGACCAAAUGGGAUCUCCUCGACGACGAUGUUACCCGCUCCUCGUUCCUCAAGGAAGCUGUCUCGAAAUCCUACAUGACCUGCGAAGCCGCCGCAGGAUCCUCAUGCCCGUCCGUGCGGUCGUGCGGUGCCAGCGCCACGUCAUCGAGCUCCUCCCUCGUCGACGACCACAGUUUCCGGUCUCGAACCGACUCGAGCUCCUCCGACAAUUCUGUUCAGGACCACCGUGUGAGACAAGCGGCAUUUGCUGCGGAGCUGCGGAACCAACGCUCGCAACCUCGUAUCAACGUUACCCGCACCUCGUUUUCGGAUGAACGGCCUAUCUCCAGCUACACGGUCGUGAUGAAGGGGCUCGAGCAGCAGUCCCGUCCGCCACUACCGCCCAUGCCGGCUCGCUUCAACCAGCCCGUCUUUUACAUGCAGUCAUCUACCCGUCCAGGCUCAGGCUCAGGGCCUGUCCUCGACCCCGUCGACCGCGCGAUUGACAUGAUGGUCCGCGAGCUGGGAUUCAAUGAGAAAGAUGCCAAAUGGGCCCUGAAAACCACAGACACGGGUGAGGGCAUCGACACGAACGCGGCCGUGGCGUUGCUCAUGAGGGAGCGCCAGAACCAAGCAAAUAACGCCCAGAGCCAGCGACCGGGUGGUAAGCGGGGAUUAUUCUCUUCCUCGUUCUCUUCGUCGUCGUCUUCAAAGUCUGGCCAAGGGAGUCUUUUGCCGUCUGUUAUCAGUGAGGAGCCUGGGUCGGGAUGGCGGUGGGCUUGA